AUGCCGACGUCUGCAACAGAUAUGGAUCCGGAUAUCUUUCGACAAGUGAUGGAUAAUCUUGCCGGCGGCGCAUACGACAUGAAUGCGAUUCAAUCGUGGAAUGGCACCGGUGGCUCGUACAAUGCAACUCCGACUCCGACGUCGUACCCGGCACAGAACUUGUACAGCGCGACCACAUCCGCGUGGUCGCCGCCAGCCCAGUCGACGAGCUCGUACUCGACCCUCAACGGCGCACUGUCACCGCCGGCGUCAAAUCCGGUCAUCGAUCCGACGCUCAUGCAGCCUCAGCCCCAGCAGCCCCAAGCACCCCAACAGCAGCCUCAGCAGCAGUACCACCACACGCCGACUCCCCCGACGACGCAGUACACCAACGGUUUCACUUACAGCAUCAAUCCUACAGCACUGCAGCAGCCACAGCCGCAACCGUCCCAGCAGCUCUACCAUAAUCAGCUUCAGCAGCAGCAGCAGGCGCAACUGGGUCUGCGUCCUCAAGCUCUGCAUUCCCCCGUACAAUACGCGUCUCCGCCCCUGCAACAACAGCAACAGCAACAACAGUCCGUGGCACCGCGCGCGAUCAACCCCGCCGCGUUCUACGCUACUCCGACACCCCCAGCGUCAACACCCACCCACGCGACCCCACCAGCUCAUUCGCCUCCAGCGCAGGUCUCUCUACCUUCAAACGGCGCCUCAAACGAAGCGAAGAAGACCGCUUUCCUCGAAAAGCUCAACCCGCUGCUCUCGCCGCGCUCCUUUGCCGGGGCGGCGAGCGUACGUGCGCUUGUCAGCGCCAUAUCGGACUAUGGGUGGACAGACGUCGAACCAUCGACCCGGUUAGAAAUCGUGAACAAGAUCCUGGCAGGCGCAGGAAAUAAUUACUAUCGCGCGUGGAUGGAGAAUACCAACGCGAUGGAGAUCGUGCGCGAUUGGUUGCGCGCGGCCGCUAAGGCUAGCUUGGAGGACGAUGUAUCCGCUACGGCGAUGCCGCUGCUUACUUUGCUCGACAGGUUGCCGAUUGAGAAGGCCGAGACGCUCAAAGCGACCAAGAUCGGAGGGCUGGUCCGAAGGCUGCACAAGACGAAGCCGCACGAUAUUCCAGCCGUCAGGGACCUCGCGCAGAACAUCGAGCGUAAAUGGUGCGACAAGCUCGGGAUUGGCAAGGAGGACGGAGCUCAGGAAGACGUGCCGGCCGUCGUUGAGGGCAAGAAGCGCAAGACGCCGCCUGCUUCUGCGCCGGCGAAUGGUCCGCCUGCGAAGAAGGCCGUCACGGUGUCGUCGUUGAAGGCCGCUGCGAACGUCUUGUCCAGUAAGCCCGCGUCGGCCACCUCAACCAAACCCGCUUCGUCCAAUGCUACGGCCGGUCCAUCCACCUCGCGCACGACCGUCCGCGCCGUAACCGCCAGCGGCGCCUCGUCGACCGUCAAGACCGACUCGAAAGCCACGUCCAAGAGCGACAGCUCGUUCUUCAGCGCGCCCAAGGCUAAGAAGCCGCUCCCGUCGUUCAAGAAGGCGCCGCCGGCGAAGGAGGCGGAGGUUGCGGUUGCGAGGCCGAAGCAGGGGAAUGCGUUUGAGGAGGCGUUGGCGGCUAUGAGGGGGCAGCCGGCGGUGUCGGGAGCGAGGGAGGGGAGUGCGCCGGUUGGCGAGCGCGGGGGGAGCGCGGGGGUUGGGAGCGAGGGUGGGGGAGGGGAGGGGUUGAAGGUUAUUGGGAAGAGGAAGCGGAAGAGCGUUACGUGGGCGCCUGAGGGACGGUUGGAGAUGGUGAAGUUCAUUGAGAGGGCUGUGUACGACGACGAUGGGGAUGCUCAGGCCGUGGGGUCGUCGUGCCUCCGAGAUUUGGAGAAGGGAGAGGGCGCGGCGCUGCAUCAUGCGUCUGGGCCGCCGUUCGAAGAACUCGUGGACUGGGUCGAACCGAGUCCGGUGGACCUUCCGCCGGACCUCCACGCAACGCACGCCACACGCGGUGCUGCUUCUUCAGAAGUAGGCGCCCAGACGGCGCGCGAGGCGAGUGCGCUGCGCGCGCUGUACCUCUCGGCUGCGGAUGUGCCCGAGUCGCCUGGGGAGCCUGCGGUGGUGUAUAGCAGGGAGGAUACGGAUAGGGAAUGCCGCACGAUGCUCCCCGGCGCGGAGAUCGAAGCGCUGACGCACGACUACGCCCAAUCGCACCCGCCUCAACCGGGCUACCCCUCCGCCCCCUCUGCCCAACAGCCGUCAUAUAGUCAACAACAACAAGCCGGCGCGUCCGUCGCCGAGCUGCUCUCCUCGCUCUCCGGCGCGCUUCCCCCCGCCACCACCUCCACAUCAUCCGCAUCCACAUCCGCAUCUGCACCUGGACUGCCAGCUGGUGUGGGACUGGGAUUGGGAUUGGGAUUGGGAUUGGGUGCGCCGGCUGCGGCGCCGGAUAUGAAUAUCAGCGCGCUUAUGGGCGGGUUGGAUGUUGAGCGGGUAAGGGCUGCGCUCGAUGCGGCUACGCAUCUGGCGCCCGAGACGAAGAGGGAGUUUUAUGGGGCGCUGGAUACGCUUGCUGCGGGCCCGGGGUCGCAGGCGCAUCAGAAUCAGCCGCCGGCGGGGCCGGCGGGCGGGUUUGGAGGGCAGGCGUAUGGUGGUGGGG